CAGACGACAUAAGGGAUGCACUCUUUCACUUCAUACACCAUCUCGUGAACAAGAUUCUUUGCGAUUGCUGGUGUAAGUCAUUUAACUUAGUGGGCGGCAGUGGCCAGUGCGCCCAAGGAGUUCACGUCUCUUUAUACUUUUACAAAAAAUCGAGCGGACGUUAUUUCUCGAGAUAAACAUUUCUAGUGUAAUCGUUCCGGUUGCACUUGAGCUCAAGCAUUCCUCUCAAGUCUGAGUGGUGUUUGCUUGUAAACUUUGGAUUGUAUUGACCGACAUUGCUUCCUGAUAAUUUUAGUGCCGCCAUGAUUGAGCAAAUUAGCUCCGAGUCUUGCGAUAGCUGACGAAUGCUAAGGCGAUAGCUGACCAAAAUAGGCCAGACAACUCGUCGCGGUGUCGCCUUCAACACCUGUGAAAUUGGAAGUGGACGUGUUAAGUCUGGAUUUGCAUAUUUGCUGGAGGCAAGAAUACUUGGAAGUUUCUAGAACGUUCCUGUGGUUACUCAGAAGAGGGCAUAUAACUUUGGAAUGUUCAGUUGAGGAUUAGACUACCCCGGAGUUUGGAAAGUUUUUCGUGGACGAGCGUGCAGUGACUUCAUAUCUACGUCUGAUAUGAGUAUUUGUUUAUUUUCUUCAUUCCGUCUUUGUGUAAAGAGCAGACGAUACCCGACCGCGCAGAUACGUGACAUUGACAGAUAUAGGCACGUAAAAACCUACUCGAAUCCAACCACACAUUAGACGCGUCUGUUUCUGUUUAUUCCUUGUCUCUACAUUGGCAAUAAGAUAAAGUCCGACCAUGAAUAUCGAAAUAAGAAUCCCAUUUUCGCACCCCAGGGUGGAAUAUAGCGUCAAUUCUGGACAAAGUGGGUCAGUGACUCCUACUGUGAUAACUAGUGGUCCUCCGCAGUUCGGCCAGCCUACAGUAGAGGUGCAUAAAGUGCAGCAGCAACAACAAAGUGGAAAUAUACAGGGAAUGCCAACCAUUACUGUUUUGUCUCCAAAUGCCGAACCUACAGUCAUUAAGCCAAACCAAACACCACCCCAGUACCUCCAGCAACACUCUCAACCCGAAACCAGCACAUACGUCACGACAAGUCAAUCUGGGGGACCAGGUGGACAAUCUAGCGUCAAGACCACUACGACAACCAGGAAAACAACCGAACGACGUGUCUACGAAGACCCAAUGUCACCAGGAUCAUCUCUCUAUUCGUCCGAGCCCCCUUCGCCUUCUCCGACCCUCUACCAAGGGUAUUACGUAACACCUGUUUCCCUGACGAGCCAGUCAUCGGGGCCACCAAAAGGCCUUGGUGAGCGUCAGACAAGUAAGAUCGAGUACGACAGUCAACGGUUCCAGGUGACUCUUGAUGUCAGUUCAUACCGACCAGAGGACAUUGAAGUCAAGAUCAAGGAGAACAAAUUGACUGUUCGUGCUGAACAUCGGGAAGGAACACCAGAGGGUGGUUUCGUACAAAGAGAAUAUUACCGUCAGUACACCCUGCCUGAUGACAUCGACCUGAGGUUAGUCAAAAGCUACUUGUCUGAGAAAGGCAUCCUGACCCUGGAGGCUCCCAAGCUCCAGUUAGCCCAGUCCAAUGAGAGGACCAUCCCCAUCCAAGUCAGGCCACAUGUAGAGGGUUCGAGCGGCAAAGGAACACCGACUGGACCCAUCGUAGAAGAAUUCACGAGCGAUGCAGAGUCCCUGAGGAAAUCGUAAGCAGCUCUUAAUAUUGAUUGAUGGACAUCUUGUAUUCUACUAAAGGCACCUUUGGUAUUCUAUAUAAAAAGGUGAAGUUUAAUAUUUGAGUGUGUGAGACCCAUAUUCAAAUCAUUUAUUUAUAUCAUGCUGUGAUGUAUUUCAUCAUGUUUACCAUGGUAGUUAUGAAUCGAUAUCUUAUAACCAUGACGAUUUUUUUUUCACUCAUCAGAUAUUGCGAUAAAUAGCUGAGUCCAGGUUCGAGUGAAUCCUUUUACCAUUUGGUGUUUUUUUAGUAUGAUAACAUCUUCAUACGAGGUAAAGUUUUGUUAAGCUUGGCAGGAGAAAGAAAAAAAAAGAGGAAGAUGGAUUGUCGAAGUGACAGGGUCCAAUGAUUAUUUUUCAAGAUGGAAAUAAAAAAUGACAACUCUGAAGGUUUGAAUGAGGUGCUUCUUGAUUACCCUACGUAUCUAAAUAGUGUGUUAAAGUGGUAAAAUUACUCUCGUAGAGCUGUAAGUACUGAAAAGUCUAAUGAAAUAAUUAUAUCAAGGUUUAAUAAUGAAUGGUCAAUAUUGAGCAUCAACCAAAAUAUGUUUUGUUGAAUUACAAUUACGUUUUAUAAUUAUUAUUGUUGUUGGUGCACGUGAUGCUGAUAUAAUACUCUGGAUAGUUUGAACUAGUAACUAAGUUUGUGCACUGCCAAUUAAAGCUCAUCAAGACAAAAUCAGGGCUUUCGAAUGAAAUAAGUAGAAUCAAUUACACCAACUGAUCUUUAAUUGGCAACCUAGGACUUUCUUACUGUUUGUGACCGAUUAUUCUGCGUCGAAAGCAUACCAUAAUGCUCCGUUGAAAACAUACUGUAAUUUUGAACUUUGACAUUAUGAAUGUUGGAGGAGCAUAUACACAGGAUUGUUUUCAACAUUGCUGAAUGUAUGUUCUGGGUUCUUAUAAACCUUGUGAAGAAUAUGAUUUAAAGUCAAGGAUAUAUUGAAAUAUGGUGUUCAAAGAUUCGCCACUGUAUUGGUGAAAUGCAUUAGACCCUUCUAUUUUUAAUGUUUUGGGCUAUGGCGUAUACAAAUGAUAUUUAAAAUGAUUAAGUGCUAUUAAAAAGGAGUAGAUGGUCAUGUCAUUUGACGUUCGUAAAAGGUGAUUGUUCAAUCGAUCAAAACAGCUAUCAAUGGUCUAAAAUUAGCCCCAUGCAUAUAUCUGUACAUCUUUGUGUAUAAACAAGUAAUUACAUCAAUUGGGAUAUACAGCCAACGGUCUUUGCCAUCAGAAUGAAUCAUAGAUGAUUAUCAAUAAUCAUCACUCACUUUGAUGGCCGAGUUGAAUAGUUAAUGUCGGCGCCCUCGUUUAAAGAAAAAGUUAAACAACACCUCCACAGGGAAUGGUAUAUUUUGAAAUCCACUUUCUUGCAUCCCAUGGUCGGUAUACUCGCUUGCUAUGGUACUUGAUUCCUCUUCGGUGAAGACCUUUCGAGGCCGUUCGAAAUCGAACUAAUGUUUAUCCAGUUCGACGGAAUAUUCCAGAUGUACAUUGUUGGAGUAGCUUCCGAAACUGUUUCAACAAGAAUGUAAUCUUUUACUUUCAUCAGAUAGUAGCAGGAGUGAGACUAUAUAGCCUGCAGUGAAUGGUGUGUUUCUAAUGUCUUGAGUAUGGGAUAUAAUCUCAUCUGAGCUUAGUCCCAGGGCUAGCAAACAUUGUUGGCAUUCAGAGUAACAUGUCAAGGGUCUUUAGGCUAAAAGGUGAGGGUCUGAAUUUUAUGCGUUGUAAAAACAAACGGCUUGGCUCUACUGAAAGGAACGGUGAGCUGAUGGUAUAUAGCAUUGUGAAGUUUGUUCUAUGAUACUAAACUAUAGCCAAGUUUCAAUACAUAAUGACAGCAAUGUGAUCUCCCAUGGUCAAUAUACGUACGAUACUUUUAUCAACUAAAUGGAAAACGGGCAAAGUUCUACUCUUGGGUAUAUCUUGAGUAUGUUUUUAUAUAUAAAAAGACUUUAGGAAUAGCAAUAUACAUGUGUGUCUUGUUACGAUUUGAAGUUCUGUCCAUUGGCCGCUUGUUGCAUUCACUAUUAAUUCACGAUUUCUGGAUCACCAUUUAACGUUAUUCAUUCAUACUGUGAUGAUUACAUUGCAAUCAGGUAGUGUGCAUGUAGAAAUAUGGUUGGAAGCCUGCUAUGGGCCUGAAGAGACAGUGGCAAGGGGUUGAGGUGACAAUGCUGGUGUUUUGAUUGUAGUGACGUCAUCAUCAGUAACCCAAUUCUUAACAGGGCAGUGUCCGUCCCCAUACAGCUGUGAUCAACUUCCGCCAUCCCAGCGUGCACCGCGCCACAUGGUAAGACAAAUAUAAAAAUCGUCUGAAUGCACGACCUUGGGCGUUUAAUUGAAACUUGGACGUCACGUUCUCGAGACAUUCAGAUCCGAACAUCACGUGACUUGAACAUUGAGGCCCGGAUGUGGAAAUGGGUCGUUACUUAGGCAACGAUGAUUAAAUUCUUAUUUGGUCAUUAUUUUAUUUAUGAAGUGUGUCGUGAAUCUCCUUUAAAUGGAUUUGUAUAUCUCGCAAAUUAAGGUCUUGAGAACAAAAGCGAUUUGGACGCCAGGACGAAUGUAAUUUCUUGUUCUAACAUUACCGAGUGACAAAUUAAACCAAAUAAGAGAAUAUGUGAUGAGCAUUCAAACAAUUAACAUAUUGCUCUUUUCUUUAGGGCAUUGUCAUCAUAUCUGGUAUAAUACUUCAUAUCAUUGAUAAUAGAAAAUUGAUUGAAUUAAAUGUGGAUGUGUUUUAGGCAUUGUAGUUCAGGCAUGAUGUUGGAUGUAAGCCUUGAACAGGGCAGUGCGGUCUGACGGCGAAGUCAGAUGACUAAAUGAUCAUGGCGGGGUCUGAUGAACGAGAAAUAAAUAGCGUGACCAAAGCCAGUCACAUUUAACAGCUUAUCAUAAACAAGAUCAGACAAGUGACAAUUAACAUUAUUGAUAUGGCUUGUGAUGGGGGUAUUCAUUUGAUUUAUUAUAUGUCAAAACCUGGUAAAACUGACCAGGAGUCCAUGUAACAGAAUAUUUCCACGAGGAAGCAUUGAUUGGAAUAUUUGAUUGUUUCUUGUUAGCAGGGAGAUUAUAACUUACUUUAGACUAUUUUUUUUAUCAAAGACAUUUCACUUUGAUUGAUAUAAGAGCUCAAGAUUUUUUGUGGUGUUUGCUUCCUUCCAUUUGGCAUACAUUUGUCACCAUGGUUUUCCGUCAUUUUAAUGCGAUAUGUUACAAAAUAAGCGGGUGACGGAUCGGUUGCAGCCUGUGUGGAAUACUCUUUCCAAUGUCACUGGCUUUUUUGGUUGACGAGACGAAUGAUUUAGAACAGAUGUGCAAAUGUGAAUCAAGAGGAACGUUUGCGUUACAAUGGAUCAGUUUUCAUAAAACAAACAGUGAUUUUGUUUCACUGACUUAUGUUAUAAGCUACCACAAGUCCUUGCAUCUGAUUGGCUGAGAACGAAUUAGUCAGUGAAAAUCACUGACAAAACUAUUCAUGUAACGCUCCUGAGGGACACAACAUGUCAAACGAAGUAUGACGAGACGAGGAUGAACGCGAGGUCAUUCCUUUUUUUUUUCUUAUCUUUCAUUGUAGAGAGAUCAAAACAAAUAUCUCACAGAAUCCCCGCCUGACGAAAAGUGAUCAUGAUAAAUUGUCGUCUGAUAGAUGUUGUGAUUCUGCUUCGCUUAUCAAGAAGUAAAUGGGAAGGAGGAGAAGAGUAACAUCACCCAGCCAAAACUAUUUUGGUUGAUAAGGUCUGCAUACACCAUUGUGGUCUGCGUCUCAUAUUUAAUUUAGAAAUCACUAUUUCAUGAUACAAUAUAUUGCCCAAAACUAUUUUUCAAGAUUUUUAGUUUUUUAUAGAAAGAUAUCAGUAGAUCAUCUACCUUAGAUGUGAAUGCAUUCUUUACAAAGAAUGCAUUUAUGGUCACUCACUAAUACUACAAAGUACUGAAAACUUUUUAAUAUUGCAUUUUAAGACAAAUAGGGUCAAUGAAAGUUGAAUACGUCCCGCAUCCACACUAUGUUAAUCAAAUUAGUAACCAUGGUAACUGGUUAGAAAAGAUUCCAUAGUGAAUUAUCGAGGUCGAGAAUAGAAUGGAACGAGUUUUCGGCAGCAUACUGGGAUGAAAUUCAAACGGAGUUCUGAUCUGUUCAGACUUCUUUCAUGUAUUUUAUCAAUAGUAUGUUGGAGACUUGAUUCUUUAUUGCUGUAAUGACAAUUAGCUGAUUUAAGAAAGGAUGCAGAGAUCACUUUCUCUUUUCUUUUACCAUUUUCGAUCCAAAUUAGCACUAUUGUUUUUCACCCGUUAGAUUCAAAAUCUACCUUCAAUUGGUGUUUAUCGUACUAGAAGGUCAAUUAUUUCAUUUAAUUGACUUAUCCACUGAGGUUUAAAUCCAAAGGUUCGAUUUCCUCUAUGCUAAUGUCAAAGAGUAAUAACUGGUAGUUCCGCUAUAUGGUAGUUUAAAAGGGUCAAUCAUUUUCUCAUUAACAUGACUUGGGCAAAACUUGUAUAAUGUAACUUCACAUGCACUAAUCUAUGUGAUUGGGACAGACGCCCAUUCCUAGAGCAUUUAUCAGUUAACAGUGUGCCGUUUCCUCUAUCAUCAAUGUUUACCAGCAUACAAACGUCUUGUUGGCGGAUAAUGUGAUGUUAUUCUAACAUUUUUAGCAGUGAUGUCCGACUGAUCUCAUUCUUUGUGACCUAUGAGCCAUCGAAUCCCGACCAAUUAGUCACAGUAAGCGGAUAUGCACUGCUGAAUGUUUAACAAUGAAUCAUGAAGAUGAAUUCGUUCUCUCCAUCGGGUACAGCAGUGUAUCACGAUGGACGACGAAAUGUUACGAUAACAGAGGACCAGUCAGUCUAAUGUCAUAUGGAAUCACGUGUGGUUCUGUCCAACCGGUUUCGUAUAGGCUGUGAGUAGAGCAUUGCAAUGUUUCACCCACAAAUUAUUGAUAAAAAUGUUGUAAACCAACACUUCGACGUUGCAAAGACCUUUUGCCAAUUUAGUCUGGAAUGUUCAGUAAUGAUUUGUACAGGGCAUGGAGUAUUUAGGGGAAACAUUUUGACCAAAUUCUCGUCGUAUCUGAGGAAAAUCUGUGAGACAAUUUCUCAAAAGUUAGUGAAGUUGUGGUACGAGUAUUUAAAUGUACUAUACACAUCUCCGUGUCUCUUGAGCACUGUGAAAGGCCUCUAGCCGUUUCCAAUUAUUCCCUGAAGUUAGAUUGAUGAUAUAAAGAUAUAGAAGAAGCGACCAUGACACCAACGGGAAAGGUCGAGGUUACUCCUGGCUGUUGAUGGGUUUUCCAGACAGUAAUUCGUAGGUAGACCAUCUACUACAGAUUUAGCAUCAGUUGUCAUUGCCCAUUUUCCAUUACACCGUAAAAUAUGUCUCCUCUGUUGUGUAAAUGACGAGAUUGUCUAUUUGUUUGGUUAGUUAAUUGUUCUAUAGCUGGUUGCUCGAGUACCCAAAUCCGGUGGGAGUGAUGAAAGGGUAUUGUACUCGAUCUUGAUUUCUUACCCCUGUCUCCGACUGUUGAGAUUCUGCAAAGACCGUGGAGUUAUAAUGUACACCAUCGGUGUUUAGCGCAGACCUCACUACACCUUGCACCAUCUUACACCAAUAAUAGGUGUCAAAUCAAUAAUAAUAAUAAUAGAACAGUUUUUGUAUAGCGCAUUACACCUUACAAAAUGUCUCAAUGCGCGUUAUGAAAAAGAAGAAAAUAUGAGGGAAAGCUGCUGGUAAUGCUUUGAUAAUACUAUCUUCAGUUACAUAAAAUCAACACACAGCACAGAGAAGUUAUAUAACACCUUUAAUUGCUAUUUAGUCAUCCCUGGUGCUAUCCAGGAUUAACACCAAUCUGAAUAUCCUUAAAUGAAUGGUUCUCUUUAUCACCAUUCAAAAUGCUUCUGUAAGUGCCCUUUUGAGUAGACCUACGAAUGUAGGAUUUAGAAGAUAUAGGUUGUACCCAUUAUGAAAGACGAAUCUUUAGUUGCCUGAACGGUUGCAUCUUUUCGGGUGCAUGAUAUUCUGAAAUGUGCUAUAGCACAUAAUGUAUCAAUUCGUUCAACCUCUUGGAUCAAUGUGUCCGUAUAGUAGUAUAUAGACCCGUUUUUUAUAAUUAUUAUUUUCCUCCUUUAUUGCUGGUUUUCUGACCAUGGUCUAUAUUUUUCAUGUGACGUCUUUCUUGCGACGUGUCGCGUGCAAUAAACGCGGAUGCCUCGUCCGUCAAAGUAAUGAAAAACAUAUCGUGAAAGUGUCAUUAGGGAUGCACAAAUUGUAUCCUUGAGAUGCUAUUGUAGUCAGGUUUGAGCACUCAAGGAGACAAAUGAGGUAGUAUCAUGGUAUGAGACGUGCUUAUCAGGACAUAGGAAGGUGAAAUCAGGUGAUUGGUGUUAUAGGGAUUUCAUGAGACGAAGGCUUUCAAACACUAUUUACACCUUCAAGGAUAAAUGGUGACAAAUAACCGCAUCAAAGUGAGCCAUGUCGGAGACAGAAGAUGGAAAUAGGAGAGUGAUGAGACGAUGGAGAGAGGGGGAGUAAGAAGGGAUCGAAGAGUAAAUUAAGGAAUGGUCCUUCAUGGUUAAAGAGACUUAUACAGCUGUGGUAUGAGACGGGACAUUUCGGUAAAAUUCACAGAAUUGCAUGGAUUUCCUUGUUCGCAUUUAUUUUCCACAUAACUAAUUUAUAGGCCUAAUUGUGAUGAUGACCGAUAAAAUAUAGCAAGAACUUUUAAUAAGGAUACGUCUGAAAAGUUUCACGAAACUACGGGACGGGGACGACUAAAAUUGAAACGGAAAAGAAGAAAACAUCUCAUCGCUUUUCACGCAUUUUCGAAAAUUUUAUCUGUCAUCUAUCGACAAUUAGAAGCAUUGUGGUAUUUUAUACAGGGUUUGGUUAUAUCCGAAGUUUUACUUUAUCUGUAGUGAUUCGCAGUCAAUAGUUUAAGAGGCUAAGGUUCUGUACUUUCCUUAGAUCGUCCCAACUUGACUCAUUGUUUAUUUCCUAUGUCAUGGUGUUUAUGAGAGUGUACGUGAUCCAUGAUUAUGACAGUUCGGUGACACUACCAAUGUCAUAUACAUAACGUAUUUUGGGCGUCGCAAAAAUAAACGUAGUUACGGUACGGAUCAUGUAAAAUGGUUGAUGGCUGUAAUAUGAUGUGAUCAGCUUGAUGACGAAGGUUCUUUUUCUAAAUUUAAGUUGUUGAUCGGAUAAAGGGUUAAUUUUUAUGGCAAUUUGUGCCAACUAUUACAGUAGAAUGAAUUAGAUUUUUUUUUUUAAAUAUGCGCACCAUGGACGAUGUUUGUGAAGUUACAUAAUUUCUAAGAAAAUAAAAAAAACAUUUCCAUUAGGCUAAUAUAUUUAGUUGGAUUACACUUGCACCCCGAUCUCUCAUCAUCGCUGUCUGAGUGAGAAGGGGUCGUUGCCAUGAUCACGUAUGGUUAUACACUGCAAAAACACCGGUGUUGAUUUAACACCAGCCCGGUAUCUAUAUCGGUCCACACCAGAGAAGCGUUGAAACAACACCAGUUAAGAUUCACACUGAUAUUGGUUUAACACCAAUUGGUGUUGCUUAAAUGCCAAAUUUGUGUUAGCCUGACGCCAAAACUUGUGUUUUUUUCAACACCUCUCUGGUGUGGACCGAUAUAGAUACCAGGCUGGUGUUAAAUUAACACCAGUGUUUUGCAGUGUAAUUACUCUGUCAAUUUGAGGGAUGACAUGGCUCAAUCAAAAUCAAGGUUAUCAUGUUAGUUAACGAAUAAUGACAAGUUUUUCUACAAACAGGACAGACAUAAUUAUAUAGCCCCUUAUACUUUACCUAUACCUUAACUUGCCUUAUCUUAUUUUGUUCAGUCAUCAGUUGAUGGAAGGAGGGGGGGGGGUAAGAACUCCAGUUCACUCCUGUGUCACCCCCUAUUCUAUACACCACUCCUUAAUUACUGCACCUGUUUUAUAUUGUGAAUGAAACCCCAUCAAGCCACAGGCUCGUAGAACGCUCCUAAGAUAUACGAGUGCCAAAUGUCACUUAAUCUAUUUUUACUUACCUAUCAUUUAAUCAAAGUCUAUUCAAUCAUGUCGUCUGUGUUAAAAUGUUAUAAUGAAUAAAAAAAAACAGAAGUGUUUAAACCCUUCAAGCAAAGUAAUAUCAGCCCUGUUUUGUUGAUUUUUUUAAUGUGUGUGUUUUGUAUACCACAGACAAUCCUAUUCGGUUUCCUUCCCUUUUCACUAUGUGUUGAGUAUGGUUAUAUACGUGAUAUAGAUGCUUCUUAACUUGGAUUAUAAUCAAUUUCAUAUGUUUCUACGGUAUAUGAACAACAUUUGUAAGCCUAUCAAAUAUGAGUCUCGAUGAUCGGCCUUUACCAUCCAGUUUUCGAUGUAAAGAGUAGAUGGUCCGCCUACUCAGACUCGGAUAAAAGCUGCGUGGUCUUACAGUAAACGACAGGUUUAUAUUGGUAAUCAAGUCACUUAGAACGCAAAUGCCACGACAGGCGUGUAAAGGGGCUUUCAUAAUUGCUCGUGCGAUCUUUGGCGAUCAUUUGGUCCCAAUCAUGUUGCGAUCAUUUGGUCACAAUAUAUGUUGCACAGAAUCGCAACGGUUGUAAGCAGUCGUACCACCAAUUGUGAAAGGGGCUUUAGUGCAUGUCGUCGCUCGCAAACUUUUGAAAGGUUCUAUUUUAUACCUGAGUUAGUUAGAAAAGAGUGGAUGUUUAUUCAUAGUGUAUGAUUCGAAAAAAAAAUAUGACUGUGCCUUAUUUAUAUAUAGAAAUAAUGAAAACGGCCGUGUUUGGCGAGGAUGCAUGAUUAAUAACAAGACCUUGCAACCAAAGUGAUUGGUCAGAACGUUACAUUAUUCCGUUUUUGCUGCAAAAUAGUGUAUUAUAAUCGGGUGCUCACCAUGUACAAAGUUAUCUUUUGUAUAAAUAUCGUGUAUAUAAAUAGAUAAAUGAUAACUUAAAAUUAUGAUUGUAAGAUAUCGUAUUUGUUAUUGAAAUGACAUUAAUAGAACUGGCCUAUGCUGGAAUACAUCUUGUACAUGGGAAACCGAGAUAUAAGCAUGUUUAUUGAAGAUAAUUACAAUAUAACAAUACGAUGUAGAAUAUAUUUGUACAAUUUCUAUUGUUAUCACGGUUAUGUACGCUCAUCAGUGUAUUAUCUUGUCAUGUGUGUGUGCCAUAUUUUAAUUGAUUGCCGUGAUUGAUGUGUGAUGAUGUUGAUAAAAUAUUGGCCAAUUUUAAACAUGUGCAGUGAACGACUGAAAAUCACACAUACUAUAUAAGAUAAUGUAAACGUGACACAAAAAAGAACUUGCGAUAAUAAAAAAAAACGCAUUUUGAAGAAUGAAAACUAUGCCUGUGUUUACAUGUAUAUUUUGUAAAUUUUUCUCAUCCAUUAGAAUAAAUUUCCCAUUACCUUAACCACGAUCCAAGAAAAUAAUGUACAAACUAUGUGUAAAUAGCUGUAAAUUUAUACAGAUAAAAAGUUAAUUAGGUAUUCAAAUAAUUUCAUUUGUAAAUGUUUGUUUGAAAUAGAGGGAUUGUUGUUUCUCUUAUAUUCACUUAUAAACAAUAUAAAAUGUUUUCACCAUUUGAAACUUGUACACUUAAGUUUACUCAAUGUUGGGGAAAUAAUGGACAUGUCUGUCUCUUGUGUGAAAAUAACACAAAAAUGCUGUGUAAAUUUGACGCAAUAAUGAAUAUUUACCCAUUAAACAUAUAUUAUGGUUCAAACGAUCGUGCAUGUACAGUUUUUGUAACUUUCAUUCUCAAUCUUUAGAGUGAAGGGUGUCUCCAAGAUUGAAUCAUAUUUUGUUCCGUUUGAUAUAUACCUUGCACCGCUCCUGAUUAUGACAAGUAUUAUCGUAUCAUCAAAUAUUAUUAUGAUCAUUACAUAAUGAGCCCACCUCUUAAACUCUCACCUCCAAAAGACACUAUAUAUUAAUCAUUAUACUCGGCUAUUUAGUUUAUCAAAAUGAAGAGACUAUGCAAAUUAUCAAAUGCGACUGAAAUGCUUGUGUAAAAACUGAGUGAAACUGAAAAAGAAAUAUUGAGAGAGAAUAUGACAAAAUAUGAAAUAAUCGACUGGGAUGCGGGUUUCAUUCUAUAUCUGAAGCGAAUAUGGUGAUAGCAUUAUAUCAUUAAUGUUAUAAUCAUCAAAAGUUUGUAACUCGUAUAUUGUCUCCGGAAGAUGUGAAGUUAUUAUUGCAUCUCCGGCCACAAGAGAUGUCAUAAAACGAAAAGGAUAGAAAGAAACAAAAUUACAGGUGCAAAAACAAAACAAAAAUAAAUAAAAUUUGCUUUCAAGCGCA